AUGGCCGCUUCAGCCCCGUCCGUCCUCCCCAUUACCAGUACCCAAUCCGCCGGAGCCGGCAACCCUGUCAUUGAAGUUCAGCCCCCACUACGUGCCUUCAUCUCCAAAGCCUCCGAUUCCCUCCGCCACAGCCUCUCCCAGCGCCGUCCCUGGGCCGAACUCCUCGACCGUACCGCAUUCUCUAAACCCGAGACCUUAUCCGAAGCCACCUUCCGCAUCCGCAAGAACUUCUCCUACUUCCGCAUCAAUUAUUAUGCCAUCGGCGCUCUCGCUCUCGCGGUUUCUCUCCUUACAAACCCUUUCUCUCUCCUGAUCCUCCUGGGUCUUCUCGCCGCCUGGGUCUUCCUUUACGUCUUCCGACCCUCCGAUCAGCCUCUGGUUCUUUUCGGUCGAAUCUUCACCGAUUUUGAAACCUUGGUCCUGCUCUCUGGUUUGAGCCUGUGUGUUGUGUUUCUGACCAGUGUUGGGUCGAUUCUGGUGUCGUCGGUGAUGGUAGGUGUGGCUGCUGUUUGCAUUCAUGGCGCCCUGAGGAUGCCGGAAGAUAUGUUCAUGGAAGCACAGGAGAGCUCGCAGCAUAAUAGGUAUGUCGCUUUCGUAGGUGGCGCGGCGGCAGUUAACGCUGCUAUUGCCGCCACCGCCGCAUCUCCGGCCCCUCCACGAUAGAUUGGGGGUAGUGGAACUUUCACUUGAUGCUUUAGUUGAU